CCCAGUUACGACCUGAGCGACAUUUCCGGCGUGCCUAACUCUUCUCUUUUCUGUCCCGGUCUCCUCUUCUUCGUCCUUCCAGCCACCCGCGGUCCCAGUCUCGCGCGCCUGAUCCCGUCGUCGUGAUCGCCCGUCGUGUCCCGAGAUCCGCGAGACACUCCGCGAAACCAACCCCCCUUUCGCAACGAAACAAUACGACAAUAUGCUGAUCGGUCUCGUGCGUGACUCGGUGCUCCAGUGCUUCUGUCACAGCUGCAAGGCCCCGCUGGGCGUCGUAGCGGGACCGAGGAGGAAUAAUGCGCCGUUUAAAAAGCCGAGCGGCAAGGGCAAGCCGCGGACCAAGCAGCCGAAAAAGGUGAAGUUCAUCACGACCGAGAUCCGAUGCCAGGAGAAGUCCAAGGGCGGGCUGUGCUACGAGGUGAUCCUGGCGGAGCCGACGGUGCCUAAGAGAGCACCCUCGCCGCCGCAGCCGAGCCCGACGCAGCAGACCGCGAUCGAGGACAAGCUGAAGGCCGCCGAGGAGCGAAGACUGUCCAUCGAGGCGCACAAGCUCGCCGCCCUCGCCGCCAAGCUCAGCAAGAUCGAGGAGGCGUCCCGCAAGAAGGACGAGCUCAGCGCGGCCUUCAUCACCGCCACUCGCGAGUCCCUGGACGCGAAAAUGAACAACACCGAGGAGAAGCGGGAGGCCCACAUCGCCGAGCUGAAGAACAAGCUGAAGGAACAUUUGGAGAGCGUUGAGAAGACUCGCCUGAGUCUCGAGCAACAAACCGAGGAAGUGCGAUGCGCCGUCGAGGAGAAACUGAAGACUGCCGCGGCUCAGCGUGACGAAAAUAUCAAGAGAAUGCUGGAUCGUCUCAAGGAGCACGAAGAGCAAGUUGCUCGCGUACGUCAAGGUAUGUCGGAGCGCGUGCAGCAGUUGGAGUCCCAAAUCCAGGGCAAGUUGGAGCAGGCACGCGAACGUCGCGAGACCAUCGAGCGCGAGCAGAAGGAGAAGCUGCGCAAUCAUAAUACGGUGCAGAUAGCGAAAGUGCGUCAGAUGGCGGCGCGCGAGCUCCUGGUGAAAAAGUGCGAGUUCGACAAGAGGGUGUCGACCGCGGAGAUGAAUCGGCAGCGAGAGAUCCAGCGUCGCGUGCAAGCGAUCCGCCGCCACCAUGAGAGGCGCGCCGAGAUGGUGAGACAGAAUAAGAAGGAUCGCCGGGACUAUUCGACGGACGCGUCGCAUCCGAUUCUGCCGGUGGAGAACGAGACCGCCAGUUCCGGCUAAGUAUCCGGAAGCGCUCGCCGAGGCCGCUCGAACGCCCCGCAAAGCUCCGUUUCGCUUUGUGCCAUUAUUUUAUGACUCGAAGUAAAACGGGAGGUCGAUCGCCGCGCAUCAUCAUCAUCAGACGUAUCCGCAUUUCGAGCAAAAGAGGGAGAGAGAGAGAGAGGUAGGGAGAGCCGAAUCGCGUUUCUCUUUGCGGUUUCUGAAUGUCGCAUAUGGACAAUACUGUCUUCGUCAUUGCGUUCCCACUUCGGCAACGUUCCGCAUAGUGGAAGAACGCACGGUUUUUCCCCAUAAAUUUCGGAGGCUAGGCACGAGGCUAGUGUUAGCACUUUCGAGGAGGUUGCUGCGAAAGUUCGAUUUCGCGUGGGCUUUACGACGGAGUUGUAGGCGUUAAGAUAUGUGAGAUACAAGGACCUAAAGAGAUGAAGUUUUUAUAGACCGAAAAA